AUGCCCUACCUCGCGAAUCCCUCUCUCCAGGUCACCGCCGACCACCAGAUCAAGCUCGUCGAAGCCCCUGUUCACGAGCCGGGCAAGGGCGAGGUCCUCGUUCAUAUCAAAGCGACGGGAGUCUGCGGCUCAGACAUUCAUUUCUGGAAAACCGGUCGCAUCGGCGAGCUGAUCUUCCACGGCGACUGCAUCAUCGGCCAUGAAGCGGCGGGCGUUGUCCUGAAAUGCGGAGAGGGUGUCACAGAUCUGCAACCAGGCGACCGCGUCGCCAUCGAACCAGGCGUCCCCUGCGAAAACUGCUUCCUUUGCGACGAGGGACGGUACAAUCUCUGUGAGGACGUCGCAUUCGCCGGGGUCUACCCUUAUGCAGGCACAAUCCAACGCUACAAAGUCCACCCGGCCAAAUGGCUACAUAAACUCCCCCCUAGCCUGUCCUACCUCGACGGCGCCCUCCUCGAACCCCUCAGUGUCGUCAUGCGCGGUAUUCAAGUUGCGCAACUCGAACUCGGCCGCGGCGUCGUCAUCUGCGGCGCCGGGCCUAUCGGCCUGAUCGCGGCCGCAGCAGCGCGCGCAUCAGGCGCCCACCCGGUCGUAAUCACAGACAUCGAUCCCAGCCGUCUGUCCUUCGCAAGGCGGUUUCUCCCUACCAUCCAGACAUACCAGAACAAUCCGACACUCGACGCACAAGGGAACGCCAAAGCAAUCCGCGCGUUAUUUGGAGACAACGAGUACAAUGCCCCAGACCGGGUCCUCGAAUGCACCGGCGUCGAAAGCAGCAUCUGCACAGCGGCGUACACGGCUCGGAGAGGCGGUCUUGUUGUUGUCGUUGGUGUCGGCAAGGAAAUCAUCAACAAUGUCCCGUUUAUGCAUCUGUCCCUCGCAGAGAUCGAUCUCAAGUUCAUCAACCGCUAUCGCGAUACAUGGCCGCGCGCAAUUUCGUGCAUGGCUGCCGGAAUCAUAACGGAUCUGAAGCCGUUAAUCAGCCAUACGUUUCCGCUGGAACGAGCGGACGAGGCGCUCGAGCUGUGUGCUGACAUGGGGCGGCCAAGCAUUAAAGUAACGAUUGUGGAUGAGGGCGAUGCGACGGUGUAG